UCAAUAAUAUAUGCCAUUCAAUAUUAAUUUUUGCCUGCUUAUAAAACAAUAAUUUGAAACUAAUGAAAGUUUUUUAUAUUUAUUUAGACUUUCAAAUGCGAAGUCCACUUUCUAACAUUACAAAUGAUUGUGAAGAAAGAAUAGUUAUGCGAAAAGAAGAGAUCGAUAAAAGGAAUUCCCACAACAAAUCUAAAGGUUUGAAAAAUAUCCCACUUACUUCUAACCAAUCACCAACUAACAGAAGUGCCGAUUAUGGGAAGGAAGUCGUCAAUACUUAUCAAUCAAUUCCAAACACACAUACCACUGACACUGCUUCAAAUAUCUAUUAUACACCAUUGCUAUCAGAUGUUACAAAUGCUUCAAUCCCCAAUAAUGAUUAUACUAGCCCGAAGUUUAAUCGACGCAUCCGGAAACAAUAUCUGGAUAGCAAAAAACAAGUCAUGAAUUCUACAUCACCAAACAUUCCAAUUUCAAGUACACAACCAUGUCUCACAUUUUGUCAAAGUACUUCUUCAUCAAAUAUCCAGUUCAGUUAUAACAAUUCACCAAUUAAUAGAACUCUCCCUUAUGUGAAGGAAGUUGUUAUUCCUUAUCAAUCAAAUCCAAAUCAACAUACCACUGUUACUUCUUCCAAUAUCUAUUUUACACCUAUGCUAUCAGAUAUUACUAAUGCUUCAAUCACCAAUGAUGAUUAUACUAGCCCAAAGUUUUGUCGGAGCAUCAGGAAACAAUAUCGUGAUAGGCAAAAACAAGCAAUUAAAUCUCCAUCAGUAAAGUUUCAAAGAUCAAGUACACAAGCAUCUAUCAAAUUACCACAAUGUACUUGUACGUCAAAUAAGAAUAUUCAAUUAUCUUCCUUGAACAAUUAUCGAGAAAAACUCCAUCUUGCCGGAGAAUUUAUAACCAAUAUAUUUUGUGGCAUAUCAAAAGGUAAUAUUCCAUUUACAAAGCUUUUUAAAUUUAUCCUUUUUGUAGGAUCGUUUUCGAGCCUUAACGAGUCGAUCAGAAGAAUUCCUAUCCAAAACAAGAGGCGGAAACUAAUGCUUUGGUGCGAUUACAGCUGGAUUCACUUUAAAUUGUUGUUGUAUUGAUCACGAAUGCGUUUACAAGCCCUGACAACACUUCGGCAGCACUUCGUGGCUAACCGGAAGACAACACCUACAACUAUUCUUAAGGUUUCACUUUUACGACCCUAUAUAUAGAUGCACAUAUUUCGCUCAUACGGACAUGUACGUAUGAGCGAAACCUCCACAUGCCAUAUAAGCGAAACCUGGCUAUUGACAUAAGAGCGAAACUUAGAAGAUGACAUAUGAGCGAAAUCAUCUCUAUCAUAUGUUUCUUGGAUUUCGUGUCAUAUUCUAACCUAUACCAUACUAGACUCGAUACAAGACGUAGUCGACAGACGUAGUGCACCAACAAACUCCCCCUCGGAUGUUGACGGAGUCUUCAGUGUCGAGUCUUCGAUUAUCAACCUACAGUCUUUAUCAAUCUUCAAUCUUCCACUAAAGUAUUUGUCAUUGCAAGAAACCUCAAUCUCUAUCUUCAUCAUCAACAAACACCUCUCUCUCGAAUGUUGACAUGGUGUCUUCAGACUCCCCCUCUCAAUCUGCUGGGAUCGUAGUCUGGAAUUCUUUCAUUCACUCUGAGAUCUUGAUCAGGCUCUCAUCUGGUUCAGGAUCGACACCUGGCACACAUUUACCUGCACAAUCUCUACCCACACAUAAGUUUCUUAAAAGAUUAAAUCUUCAAACGUUUAGAAACUUUUUGCAAGAAAUUACAUAAAUGAUUUUACAUUCAGGAUCUUUCCCUAGCUCUUAUCAAUCAAUUUUAACAACUUGACAUACUCUCUCCCAAACCUGUUCUUCAUGUUUAGCAAUUUGAACUUCGAAAAUCAGCUUCUCAGUAUCAGUUGUCGAA